AUGCCGUUCUGUAUGCUUAUGAAAACUGUGGAACCUAGUGCGCCCUUGGGGAGGUACAGUCCUCGUGUGAGGCAGGAUGAAGGUAGUCCAAGAGUCACCCGAUCUUGUUAUGCCGUUCGCUGUGAAGAGGCGAUAUCCGGCGUUAACAUUCGCCAAUUAAGGCGAUUUCAGGCGAGGCAAUCGGCAAUGAAGGCGAUUUCUGGCGAACACCUUCGGCACUCUGGUUAUAUUCCGUCUACCGUUGAGGCAAGUGAACCCAACGCAUUCGAUGGGGAGUCAUCGGACAAUCGGAAGGAUACCAGUAGUGAGGCUUUAAGCUUUAACAGUGCUAGUAACGAAGAUACUGAGGUUGAAAUCCUUGGUGAGAGGGUUGAUUCCGUUCCCUCCCACGGCAGAGGGAAAGGGCUCAUAACGGGACAGGCAAUACCGUUGGCUGUGGUGCCGUACGGCUUCCAAAGUGCUAGCACAAGUCAGUACUGUGAGUUCCUUAUGAGGGACACUCGGGCUCCGGACCAUCAUGUUAGUUAUCAAUCGGAAACCUCCACGUCUAGCCGUGGGGAUGUUGUUGCCGAGUCCUCCUCUCGGCCGAUUAUUACCAUAGUCAACCAAGGUAAUCCUAGGAUACCUUUAUGGCAACCCAAGGAGCAUUUGUUUGGUGUGGACUACCUGGAGCCAAACAAGAUAACCGAACGGGAGCUUGCCAAAUAUCGGGCUGAAUACCGGAUCCCGAGUUCGGUAAAAUGGAGAAUCUCGGAGCCUACCAAAUCAAUAAGCAAUCCAAAGGACAGUGAGGUUGUCUUCUUCACCGACAUCCUUCAGCAUGGGGUUCGGCUACCGCUGCAGCCUCCUAUUUAG